CGUAGCUUGGGUUUUAUCAUCUUCGUCUUCAGAAUUUCAACCUCCAAAACCCUAAUUUUGGCGGUCUUCUCCUCUCUUAUCUCUCUCCGCAGGCGCAUUCAAGGUUAGAGAGGUUUGUAUGUGUUAUUAUGGAAGGCCUCAAUGUGCUGACAAAAGAGGUUGAUGAUAAUGGAGUUCCACAUCCUUCCACCAAUGUUGAUUACCAUCUUAGCUUUCUUUUAGCUUCGCAUUUGAGUAACCCAGAUCUCACCCCUCAGCAGAUUGCAGAGGCUUCAAGAUGUACUGCUGCCGCUGCUGCAAUUGCUGCUAAGGCCGCCAGAGCUACUGCAGAUGAGAAAGCUGCUGCUGCCGCAAAAGCUGUUGCUGCUGCUAAGUCCGCUUUAGAUUUGAUUGCUUCCUUUCCUCCUAACCAGGGACUCGUCCCAGACGCAUUUCUCGACAAGGACAACAUGACGAAGAAGCAUGUUGCUGCUGAGGAUGAUGAAUUACCCUCCAAGUUGCAACUAGUAGACGUCAGUCAGGGCAUAAUUUCAAACUCUUCUUCCAGUUGCCAACAUAAGAACGACCAGUGCGUGCUUCCCAUAGACUCAAGAGAGAGGCUGAAUACAGAGCCUGCCAUUUCCAAGAGGGCGGAUUUCGAUGGCCUUGGCAUGGAGUUAGAUACCGAUAGACUGAACGAAUCAGUAGGUGGAGAAGGAGCAAACGAAGGGGUUCAGGUGACCAGGAAAAGAGGGAGGCCAAAGUCCAAAUGAUUUGGCUUCUGCAAUUUUGGUUUAGUCUAUUGGUUGUGAACAACCGCAAAUGGUGUCUGUACAAUGUGUGUGAGAUUGGAGAGGCUGAUGAAACUAAGAUGAGAAGCUCUUUCGGCCAUCUAAUCCGAGUUUCCUUUUAUUCAUAUGAUCUAACCACUUACUUUAUCACACU